UAAAAACCAUUUCAACUUGGUUCUUCUGUAUUUGUUCCUUGGGAGAGAUGCUUUUAGUGUACAAGUCUACUGUCAGCAGAGACAUUGGGAGAGGUUUUAUUUAUGGUAAUCGAUGUAAGAAACUAUGAAUAAGCAAGUCCUUAAAGUUAUUUCAUUUAAAGUGAAUGGGAUUUUAAACCCAGCUAAAAGAAGUCAAAUAUUGUCAAAAAUGAAAAGGGAAAAUGCACAGGUUAUGCUCCUGCAAGAAACACACCUCACUCCACCAGAGCAUGAAAAAAGAGAAUGGGGGUUUCAAAGGUGUAUUAUUUAUCCUAUAAAUCAGGCCAUAGAAGAGGUGUAACAAUUUUAAUAUCAAAAAAAGUAUCAUUUGAACAACUCUCAGAAGUUUCAGACAAGGAAGGGAGAUAUAUAAUGGUCUCAGGAAAAAUUGAUGACACAGUCAUAACACUGGGUAGCAUCUAUACCCCCCCGGAAGUGAUAAAAGGAUAAUAAAAUCUAAGUCUUAUAUCUCUUUAGUAGAUAGUCAUACACCUAUGAAAGUUAGACCAUUCUUCUUGUAUUUACACAACAAAUAACAUGAUAUAAGUUGCAUAAUGAUUAGGCUAGACAUUUCAUUUACAUGAAUUUCAGGUUUGCCUCAGAUUUGCAAAGGGGGCUUCACAAAGUCCACAGGAAUGUGGAUUAGUUUAUGGCUUUGGUAAUAAGAGCCUGUCUUCCAUCUAUAAGGUGGGAGUUGUUUUCCUCAGGUCCAAGUGGCCUUUAGGGUAAUUUCAGUCCUUCUGAUCUGUAUAGAAUGUUGCAUUAUGUGACUAUGUUUAUUAAAGCGGACGUGAUAAAAAAGUUUGACUUGACCUUACUUGACUUGUACUUUUCCAUCACCAACACAUUACUGUGUCAAACACAGUCCUUUAUGAGCUCAACACCUCUCUGAAGGCUGUGAUAGGAUGAUGCAUUAUGGGGGUGGAAACCUUAAUUUCAAGUUUCGUUUUCACCUCUAUAUAUAGACUAAAGCUCACUCUUGGUUGUCAGAACAGAGCCUUUAUUCACUGAUCUUGGGUCACGCGUGGGUUUUGUAUUUGGGAAAUAUCAGCAAAGAUGGGGAAUGAACCGAGCAUCCUUGGGAAGAAAGGCUACAAAAUAGAAGAAUACAGAGAAAAGUCUGUUGUUGCCACAAAGGGAGAUGAUAAAUUUCUCAUAAAAAAGGUCGACUUACAUGAGACAACCGGAAAUGCUGAUCCAGCUCUAAUCUCAGAUAUAGAAACCCUGAAGAAAACAAACCAUCCCCAUAUUGUGAGCAGCAAGAACUCCUUUGAAGAUGAGAAGACUUACUAUGUAGUGAUGGACUACUGCCAGGGAGGGAGCCUUGUGGAAAAGAUCAGAGAGAAGAGUAGAAAGGAGGAGUUUGAGGUACUGAACUGGAUUGUUGAGAUAUGCGUGGCUUUGAGAACCAUUCAUGAAAAAGGCAUCUCUCAUAAAAAUCUGAUGCCAGAGAACAUAUUCCUAACAGAAUUUGGAAUAGUGUGCUUGGGCGGAUUUGGAAAAGUCCGUGACGAAUAUUUGGCACCAGAAGUCCUCACAGAGGGGACCUAUGAUGCUAAAAGUGACAUUUGGUCAGUGGGAUGUAUACUCUAUGAACUCUGUACCAGUAAAUUAGCGUUCUCAGCAGAGACCACAAUCAAGCUCAUUCCCAAGAUAAUUAAAGGUCCUUACCCAUCUCUCCCAGAAGAUUUCUCACCAGAGCUCCGUGAACUCUUGAAUGAUAUAUUUAAUAAAGACCCUCAAUCAAGACCAACAGCCACUGAGAUCCUGCAGCAUCCGAUUAUGAUAAACUGUCUCACAGAAAAGAGCAAAACAAUGGUGAAAGAACUCCAGAUCAAGUUGGACAAACUCAGGGAUGUGGCUGAUGGUUUGGAACGUGUGCACCAGGGCGCCACCAUCGGAAGUCUGGCAGGAGGAGUGAUCGGAGCAGUGGGAGGGAUUACAUCCAUAGUGGGCCUAAUUCUGGCACCCUUCACUUUGGGAGCCUCUCUUAUUGUCACUGGGGUUGGAAUAGGGGUGGGUACACUUGGUGGGGUCACUGCUGGUGCCUCAAAUGUCACAAAUAUGGUCAACCAGUCCUCUGAUCGCAAAGCCAUUCGAAGCAUUAUUAAAGAGUUUGAUCAGAAAAUGAAUGCAGUUGUUAUCUGGCUUGAGGAGAUCAACAACAGCUUACAGAAAAUCAGGAGCAGAUCUGAGUCAGUUGACAUUGAGGCUGGCAAUUUGCAACAAGAAAACCUGUUCAGGGCUGGCGUCAGGGCAGGAAGGGGCCUUGGUGGCAUUGCUGAACUGCUUCGACUAGUUCAAGUGAUGAACAUCGGCAAGAUCGCAGCACAGGUAUCCAGGGCAGUGCGUGUGGCGGAGGUAGCGACAGGUGCACUUUCUGGUUUAUUUGUGGCAGUAGACAUAUUCUUCAUUGCCAUGGAUGCAAGAGAGAUACACCACAUUAGACAGGCAAGGGCAAGCAUGGAAACAAACGUACCAGUGUCUGAGACAGAUGCCAGUGACUUGAUGGCCACCUCUGACCAACAUACACUAUUGCCCAGCCCAUUCAUGCAAGAGGUCGAGUCUGACACAUCAGGGACACAGGAUCAGUCUUCCUCAAAUACCACUCAGAUCAGAUCUGAGAUCAUGAAAUUUGUCAUAUCAAUCAGGGAGACAGCAGAUAAACUGCAGAAAGUCUUGGAUGAGCUCAAAAGCAUCAUCUUAUUUAUCCAUCCACCUCAAGAUGAGACGGCACUGGAACAGCAAGAUAUGGAAUUAAUGUAAUCCAAAGGUUGAUGUAACCCAAAGGUUACAUUAAAUCAAAUGGAGCACAUUAAGUUAAGUGUAGGUACAACUAGUAGAAAGUUCUGAUUGUGCUGUCACCUAGUGUUUGCUCCAUGCUGUGUCCCCACCCCACGAAAUAUAUAAAUAUAUCAGUUGAUAUUACACUGUUGUGCAACGCUACAUCACAUUUGGGUGUGGUCAAAAGUACAACAGACCACAACUUACCAUGCUAACUGUGAAGUUGGUUAUGGUCAGAAGUGCAACAGACUUGAACUUUUCUACUUAGAGAAGUCAGGUCAUCAAUGCGUCUUUUCUGUAAAAAAAAAAAAAAAGAAAAAAGUGUAAAGUUGAUUUUUAGAUAUGAAGUGUGAUUGUAUAUUUCAAAGUUAGUCUCAUACUUAGAUCCCUGAUAUCCCUUAUAUACCAAUCAAGGGGGGAACCUCUGAUAGAGACGUUCCAAGGAGAUUUUUUUUUUAAUUAAAUCAAUACAAAAUAUGUGUAAUCAGUGUCAAUACUAAUGAAAAAUACUGUAAUGUAAAUGUACAACCUCCCUUCUAUUACCGGAUUUGGUUACCUUUAAGGUAACUAUCAUGAUUAACUAUUCUGACACUCAAAUGUCUCAUUGUCUAAUCAAUAACUUUAUUCAGUUAUUAUGCUGUAUAAUGAUGAAUAAUGAUGCUUUACACUUGAUUUGAUUGCCAAUAAUAUUUCUAUUCAUGAUAGUACUCGUUGAUGUUAUGUUUAUUGUAAGGCUAAGAAAUGUAUUGCUAUUUCAUGAUGUUUCAAAUGCUAGCAACCUGAAAAAAUUAACAUUUAUUGUUAAAACCACACAUGUAGUAUCUUGGGCAUUGCUGGCAAACACAGCAACAGUUUUCUGGCAGUACAUAUUUUGUAAAUCAAAAGCCAAUUGCCCACAAUGUACAAUACAAUCCAUACAUGUAUGUCCUUAAUUCUACAUCAAAAAUAAUCACCUCUUUCCAAUUUGGUAUUAAAUCCAUGGUUGCUAGCAAUCUGAACAAAGAAUUUAUUUUUUGUAUUUCCUUUUAAUUAUUUUGUACAGUAAUGUAAUUUUUAAAAUUACAGUCAAAGCCCCUAUGCAGGAUUUGAAAAAGUCUUUGAUAACAAUGGUGGUAGCAUCAAAAGGGACACUGUAGCUGACCGCAAUGUAUGUGGCUACAUCCUCAGAAUAAAACAGCAGAAAGCAAAACAUAGACUAAACAUAUUUUCUGCAGGACUGUCUCAUCCUCUACAAACAACAAGUUAAGGCAUCAUAACAAUGUGAAAGAUAAUUUUAUAACAUUAACAUUCUACACAUAGGGGCUUUAACUGCUUUCAAACAUGAAGCUUAUCUUAGUUUCACCUUGGUAGUUCUAGAUAUUUGUAUGAGCAUCUGAUGUGCUGCUGGCUGUCUCCUAAAUUGAACUGCAAACUUGUAAUAACAACAUGAAUGCUUUUAUAAUACAUAUGAAUAUUUUAUGCAUACUGUAUGUACUGAUGAAAAAUAAAUGCAAGUUGGCACAAAGAUUCUCUCCUCAGAAAUUCUC